AUGGUGGUGACGGACCAGGAGCUGCUGCCGCUGGUGCGUGGCGUGCAGGACGGCGCGUGCGUGCCCGCGGCCGAGGACGUGCCCAGCGUGACGUCGUCCCAGCGGCGCGACGAAGAGGACCGCGUGGUGUUCCUCGUGGUGCCGGGGCUCUCCGACGGAGACCAGGAGGCCGCGUCCAAGAUCGAGUCGGCGCUCAAGGCCAGCGCUCUGGGCGUGCACAGCGUGCAGCUGGACCUGCUGGACAAGCUGGCGAGGAUCGAGCUGCGCCGCCGCGCGGACGAGGCGGCGGAGGCGGCGCUGGCCGACGAAGUGCGACGCGCCACGCCCGAGCAGCUCGUGGCCUACCCGGUGUGGCAGCACCGCGAGCGCAUCGUGCGUCUGCGCGUUGAGGGCAUGCGCUGCAUGACCAACUGCGGCCGCCAGGUGAUCCGCGCGCUGGAGCAGAUCCCGGGCGUGCUGCACAUUCACGUGGACUCCAAGUCUAAGACGGCGGAGGUGGCUCUGGCCAAGGGCUGCACAGCCACAGAGGUGGACCUCAUCAAGUACAUCCGCGCCGCGAACCCGAGGUUCAGCGCGUCCAUUGCCAAGGAGAAGAAGGAGCGCACGAGCUCCGUUCCAGGCGCGAUCUUACUGAAUGUCACUGGCAUGAGCUGCGCCAAGAACUGCGCGACGAAGGUUCAGGCGGCGCUGCAGAGUGCCGAGGGGGUCAUUGACGCCACUGUGGACUUCGGUAACAAGCGCGCGACGAUCAUCCUGGAGCCCGAGAGUAAGGUCGCGGAGGAAGACUUGAUCCAGGUUGUUCGCGGUGCUGGCAAGAAGUUCGACGCGUCGCGCUACGAGCUCUUCAGCAAUGACGGCGACUCGCGCGUGGUCUACCUCAAGAUCGAUGGCAUGAGCUGCGCGAAGAAUUGCGCUAGAAAGGUCCAGGACGCGCUGAACGGCGCAAAGGGAGUCAUCAAUGCGAAGGUGGACUUCGAUACGAAGCGGGCGACGAUUUUCUUGGAGACUGGCAGCCACUUGACGGAAACCGAGCUGAUUGACGUGGUGCGUUCAGCCGGCCAGAAGUUCACGGCGACAGUGGCGACGCCUACGAGCGGCCCGCGCACAAUUCUUCUGGCGGUUGAGGGCAUGAGCUGUGCGAAAAACUGCGCGAGCAAAAUUGAGAGGGCUUUGAACGCGGUGCCGACCGUGGAGAGCGCGACUGUGGAUUUUCCGCUGAAGCGCGCUACCGUGCAGCUUGAAGCUGGUAGUUCUCUCACGGAGAAUGAUCUGAUCGACGUUGUCCGUGGUGCGGGCGCCAAGUUGGAUGCAGCAGUGUACGUUCCGUCUCUGACGCCGCGCACUGUGUUGCUUGAAAUUGAGGGCAUGAGUUGCGCCAAGAACUGCGCGCGCAAAGUCCAGAAAGCCCUCAGUGAGACCGAAGGCGUCGUCUCGGCGUCUGUAGACUUUUCAUCGAAGAAGGCAACCGUUGAAGUUGACCCGGAUGGACAAUUCAACGACGAGGACUUGCUGCAAGUUGUUCGAAGCGCCGGCUCGAAGUUCAGUGCUCGUUUGGUCAAGCCAGCAACGCUGGCAGCGCCCUCAAGCGUGGAGAAGACUGCCGAGCUAUCAGCGAAAACGGAAGAAGCUUCUUCGACUACGUCCGAUGAUGCGACGCUUUUGGUCGGUGGAAUGACCUGCAACUCGUGCUCCAACUCGGUGGAAAACGCACUCAAGCAAACGGAAGGUGUGAUAUCUGCCGUCGUCAGCUUUGCGACGGAGAAAGCAACGAUUCGCUUUGAUAAGGACGUGGUCGGUAUCCGAACGCUGGUUGAAACAGUUGAAGACAUCGGGUACGACGCCUCGUACGUGUCCGGGGCAGAGGCUCAGAAGGCCCUUGGAGACCAGCGUGCAAAAGAAAUCACGCGAUACCGCAUCGACUUCUUCGUCUCGGUGCUUUUCACGUUCCCGGUUCUUCUUAUCAUGAUGGUGCUUGACAACAUCGAAGCCGUUGAGCACGGUCUGGCAUCGGGAAUCCUGCCAGGCAUUUCGUGGCAGACAUUGCUUGUGGCGAUUCUAGCUACCCCAGUGCAGUUUUAUCCUGCCCGCCGCUUUCACGUGGAUGCCUGGAAGGGAAUGAAGAACCGAGUGCUUGGUAUGUCGUUCUUGGUAUCCAUGGGCUCGAACUGUGCGUACUUCUACGGUGUGUUCAGCAUCAUCCGUGCCUUCUUGCUGAACGAUUCAAGCGUCGCCAACCCGGACAUGUUCAUGACGUCGUCGAUGCUGAUUUCGUUUGUGAUCCUCGGCAAGUUCUUGGAGUCGAUUGCCAAGGGCAAAACGUCGGCUGCAUUGAGCAAGUUGAUGGAGCUGCAGGUUAAGUCGGCUACACUGCUGGUUUUCAGCGCUGAUGGAACAAGGAUCCGGGAAGAACGGGUCGUGCCGAUCGAAUUGGUGCAGCGCGGAGACACUUUGAAGGUUGUUCGUGGAUCUUCAAUCCCCGCGGAUGGUGUCAUCGUGUACGGCGAAGGUCGGAUUGACGAGUCCAUGCUGACGGGUGAAUCCAAGACGAUCAAGAAGGUGUCUGGUGACCGCGUGUUGGGGGCAACGGUUAAUGUAGACGGGCUGUUCCACAUGAAGGUUACGGGUGUGGAUAACGAUACUGCGCUGAGCCAGAUCAUUCGCCUCGUGGAGGACGCGCAGACCUCAAAAGCGCCGAUUCAAGCGUACGCAGACUACGUUGCAUCCAUUUUCGUCCCAACCGUGCUGGGGCUGUCCUUCCUGACAUUCUCGGCGUGGUACAUCUUGUGCGCCUUUGAGGUCGUUCCGGAAAGCUGGAUUCCACACACCGACAGCAAGUUUGUGUUUGCCUUCAACUUCGGCAUCGCUACGCUCGUAGUGGCGUGUCCGUGUGCGUUGGGCUUGGCAACGCCUACGGCAGUUAUGGUUGGAACGGGUGUUGGUGCUGAACACGGUGUACUGAUCAAGGGCGGUGAGCCGCUGCAGGCUGCACACAGCGUGAACACAAUUCUGUUCGACAAGACGGGAACUCUGACCGUGGGGAAGCCAGUGGUGACGGACGUGGUGGUGCUCAGCAAGAAGCUGAGCACCGAAGAGCUAAUUAUUCUUGCUGGCUCGGCUGAACUUGGCAGUGAACACCCGCUUAGCAAGGCGAUUAUCGAGUAUGCGAAGUUCAUCUCAUCGUCUCUUGAACAGCCGACGGGGUUCCGCGGAGUUUCUGGACGGGGUAUUGCCUGUAUGGUGGGCGAGCACAAGGUUAUCAUCGGCAACCGCGAAUGGAUGGCAGACAAUGGGCUCAAGCGUAUGACGAGCAUCGUGCUACAGCAGGCCACGCUGACUUUCCAGAAUGCCGGCAAGACGACCAUUUACAUGGGUGUCGACGAUGAACUGAGCGCUGUCUUCGGUGUUGCCGAUGCUCCCCGCAAGGAGUCGAUCCGUACGCUGAAGAAGCUGAAGCAAAUGGGGCUGGAGGUGUGGAUGGUGACGGGAGACAACGCACGAACGGCGUUCACCAUUGCCGACCAGCUCGGCAUCAGCCGUCGCAACGUCAUGGCCGAGGUGGUUCCGUCCCAGAAGUCGUCGAAGGUCAAGCAGCUGCAGAGCACCGGGCGCAUUGUGGCUAUGGUGGGCGACGGCAUCAACGACUCGCCUGCUCUGGCUCAAGCGGACCUGGGUAUCGCCAUUGGUGGCGGCACUGAGAUCGCCGUCGAGACUGCCGGCAUGGUGCUCAUGAAGGCGAACCUGUUCGACGUCAUCACGGCGCUGGACUUGUCCCGGACCAUCUUCAACCGCAUCCGGCUGAACUACGUGUGGGCGCUGGGCUACAACUGUCUGCUGAUUCCGCUGGCCGCGGGCGUGCUGUACCCGUUCGGCUUCAGCAUCCCGCCCAUGUUUGCGGGUGGCGCCAUGGCCAUGUCGUCCGUGUCGGUGGUCACGUCCUCGCUCUUGCUCCGGUACUACACUCCUCCAGCUCUGCCCGAGGACUUCAGCGUGGACGACACCAAGUCGCUGCUCUUCAAGAAGCCGACAGUCACCACGCCGCUGCUCGCGUCCAGCACGCUCGAGUAA